AUGCAGCGAUUUAUCAUUAUAAGAGAAUCUGCGGACUCCGCGGCCUGGACUAUCUCGCUCGACGAGUUCGUGCUGUACUCCGCCCGAUGCCCCGGGGAAAUGUUCGAUAUGAUUGAGGCUACGCAAAUGCGACAGCAGGCUCGAAUCACAGAACUGGAAGACAGACUCGCGAAGCAAGAGCAAGCGUUUCAGGGCACUGGUGGAGAGAGCACAUAUUCGCCAAAAGAUCUGUCAUAUGCCAAAGACUUGUCGCAAAGCAAGACCAUACAGCUAGGAGAGUCGUCAGGCCAAGUAGGAAAAGAGAACGGAAGGAGAAGUUGCCAGCCUGACGAAACUCACGAGCAGUUGGACGACCGGACGUCAGGCGUCCAGGAACCGUCCUGCGACAGGGCCGAGGCCGAGGAGGACCAGCACCAUGCACGUAUAAUGGUGGAAGUCUCGCGUACAUGCGAACAGAUGUUGCCAAGGAUUGAGGAGCUCAAGCGUGGGCUCGCUGAUAUGGCAUCCGAAGAUUACGACAUGUUCACUGGCAAGAAGGACGCCCUCGCGGAGAUGGCAAGCCUUGAAGACCGGAUGAAAUCCUGGAUGACGGGGGUGACAGAAGAAGUAAAUGAUCUGAAAGGCAGAUUAGAGCGGUUGAAGGAUCAACACCAGGAUAUGCUCUGGAGAAUCUGGACUGUCAAUCCCGAGCUUGAUUCCAGAACAUUGCAAAACGGGCUGGAACGUGCAUCUGACAACUCAGAACCCCCGGAGUGUCCCGAGGACAAGUCCACCAAUAUUAGGCCUCCUCGCGCAAACAGCCAGGCUCCUAUGCACCCAUUCUGUGACCGACCCUAG